GUCGGGUUUGCACUUGCCCCAGAGAGCAGCUCUGUCUUCAAUCGAACUCCCAAAUUAUAAUACGCUAAUACAUUAGUAACCAUCCAAAAAACUCCAAAAACCAGUAAAAAGAAAAGGAAAAAGAGAUGUGUUUGAGAUUCUCUUACUCACACUCCCUACCUCUUCUCUUUCUCUUCUUCCUUGGUUCCAUUCCUUCAAUCUUAACUCAACAAAAUGAAGACCCAACAAUCAAAACCAUGCAAGAUUUCUCUGGGUACCCAGUUGUUGAACCACCUCACCCUUUUGUAUCAAACUCACUUUCAGUUGAUGCUCAAACUCUACAGAAACAGAUUGAUGAGCUAUCAACUUUCUCGGAUACACCUGCCCCAUCGGUUACUAGGAUCCUCUACACUGAGAAAGAUAUAUUGGCUCGCAGGUUCAUAAAAUAUUUGAUGGGACUAGCUGGACUGUCUGUCAGAGAGGAUGCUGUUGGUAACAUAUUUGGUCGGUGGGAUGGCUAUGAACCAGAGCUUGCUGCGGUGGCAACAGGUUCUCAUAUUGAUGCUAUUCCAUACUCUGGGAAGUAUGAUGGUGUUGUUGGUGUUUUAGGUGCAAUAGAAGCCAUUAAUGCACUAAAGAGGUCUGGGUUCAAACCUAGAAGGUCAUUGGAGAUAAUUUUGUUCACUUCCGAAGAGCCAACACGCUUUGGGAUCGGCUGUUUGGGAAGUCGCUUAUUUGCAGGUGGUGAGGCACUUGCUAAAGCUUUGAAGACAACAGUUGAUAGUCAAAACAUAUCCUUCUUAGAUGCCGCAAGAUCUGCUGGAUAUGCAAAAGAUCAAGAUGACUUAUCCAGUGUGUUUCUGAAGAAAGGCAGUUACUCUGCUUUUGUUGAGCUGCAUAUAGAGCAAGGGCCCAUUCUGGAGGAGGAAGGUGUAUCUAUUGGUAUAGUAACUGCCAUUGCAGCCCCUGCAAGUAUAAAAGUUGAUUUUGAAGGCAAUGGUGGGCAUGCAGGUGCAGUCUUGAUGCCAAGCAGAAAUGAUGCAGGACUGGCAGCUGCUGAGUUAGCGCUAUCUGUUGAGAAACAUGUACUGGAAUCUGGAUCAAUUGAUACUGUUGGUACAGUAGGGAUUCUAGAGCUGCAUCCUGGAGCAAUCAACAGCAUCCCUAGUAAAUCACACCUCGAAAUUGACACACGAGAUAUUGAUGAAAAGAGAAGAAAUGUCAUUAUUGAGAAAAUCCAUCAAUCUGCAAUUGCAAUUGCAACAAAGCGUAAGGUCAACCUAUCGGAAUUCAGGAUCAUAAAUCAGGACCCACCAGCCCUUUCUGAAAAAUCAAUAAUUGAAGCAAUGGAAGCUGCAUCAAAAGAGCUGAACUUGACGCAAAAGUUUAUGAUUAGCAGAGCUUACCAUGAUUCAUUGUUUAUGGCCAGGAUAUCUCCUAUGGGCAUGAUAUUCAUUCCAUGUUACAAAGGUUACAGCCAUAAGCCUGAAGAAUAUGCCUCCACUCAGGAUAUAGCAAAUGGCGUCAAGGUGUUAGCACUAACCCUCGCCAAGUUGUCCCUGCGAUGAUGUGCUGUUUAUAGAUUUUGUAAACUACCUGCUUAGGCCUUCAUAGAGGUCAAUGCUGUAUUCUCUACCCACUGUGCCAUGUAGAACUUUGUGUCGGUAAUUUCAAUAAAGAACUUUGUCAUGAAUAAUUGCAUCGUA